AUGCCCUCUUUCCUGUUGCUGGAAGCCAUCUGCAUUGUCCUGUUUGCUGGAGUGCCCCCAUCCCUCCUUCUUCAGGAAGUCCAUGUGAGCAAGGAGACUAUUGGGAAGAUUUCAGUCGCCAGCAAAAUGAUGUGGUGCUCGGCUGCAGUGGACGUCCUGUUUCUGAUGGAUGGCUCUCACAGUGUCGGGAAAGGGAGCUUUGAGAGGUCCAAGCACUUUGCCAUCACGGUCUGUGAUGCUCUGGACAUCAACCCCAGGAAGGUCAGGGUGGGAGCCAUCCAGUUCAGUUCGGCCCCUCGUCUGGAAUUCCCCUUGGAUGCGUUUUCAACCCAACAGGAAGUGAAGGCAGAAAUCAAGAGGAUGGUUUUCAAAGGAGGGCGCACAGAGACAAGCCUUGCUCUGAAAUACCUUCUGCGCAGAGGAUUCCCGGGGGGCAGAAAUGCCUCUGUGCCCCAGGUCCUCAUCAUCGUCACCGACGGGAGGUCCCAAGGGCAUGUGGCCCUGCCCGCCAAGCAGCUCAAACAGAGGGGCGUCACUGUGUUCACCGUGGGCAUCCGCUUCCCGAGGUGGGAGGAGCUGCACUCGCUGGCCAGCGAGCCAAGGGAGCGACACGUGCUGAUGGCCGAGCAGGUGGAGGACGCCGCCAACGGCCUCUUCAGCACCCUCAGCGGCUCCGCCAUCUGCACCACCACCUCUCCAGACUGCAAGGUCCAGCCUCACCCCUGUGAGCGCAAGACGCUGGAGACGGUCAGGGAGCUUGCUGGCCUCGCCCCGUGCUGGAGAGGAUCUCGGAGCACUGACGCUGUGCUGGGUGCCCUCUGUCCCUUCUCCAGCUGGAAGAGAGUGUUCUUCACCCACCCCACCACCUGCUACAGGACCAGCUGCCCAGGCCCCUGUGACUCACAGCCUUGCCGGAAUGGAGGCACGUGUGUUCCAGAAGGACCAGACAGGUACCGCUGCCUCUGCCCACCGGCUUUUGGAGGGGAAGCCAACUGCGCUCUGAAUCUGAGCCUGAAGUGCAGAGUGGAUGUCCUGUUCCUGCUGGCCAGCUCAGCGGACGCCACCCCGGAGGGCUUCCAGCGGGCCAAGGCCUUCGUCAAGCAGUUUGUGCGGGCGGCGCUGACCGGAGACUCCCGGGCGCGCGUGGGUGUGGCCCGCUACGGCGCGGAGCUGACCGUGGCCGUGCCCGUGGGCGAGUACCAGGACGUGCCGGACCUGGUCCGGAGCCUCGACAGCCUGCCCUUCGAUGGCGGCGCCACCCUGACAGGCCGGGCCCUGCGGCAGGCGGCGGAGCGCGGCUUCGGGAGUGCCCCCGGGACAGGCCUGGACCGGCCUCGGCGGGCGGUGGUCCUGAUGACCGAGGCGCGCUCCCAGGACGAAGUGGCCGGCCCGGCGGGCUUCGCGAGGGCCCGGGAGCUGCUCCUGCUGGGCAUGGGCAGCGAGGACGUGCGGGCGGAACUGGAGGUGAUCACUGGCGGCCCGGAGCGCGUGCUGACCUACACCGGCCCGCAGGACCUAUUCGACCAGAUCCCAAAGCUGCAGGGCAAGCUGUGCAGCAGGCCGCGCCCAGGCUGCCAGGCCCAGUCGCUGGACCUGGUCUUCAUGCUGGACGCCUCCGUCUCAGUGGGGCCUGAGAACUUCGCCCAGAUGCAGAGCUUCGUGAGAAGCUGCGCCCUCCGGUUUGACGUGAACCCCGACGUGACGCAGAUCGGCCUGGUGGUGUACGGCGGCCGCGUCCGGACAGCCUUCGGGCUGGACACCCACCUCAGCCGCGCAGCAGUGCUGCGGGCCCUGAGCCAGGCCCCCUACCUGGGCGGGGUGGGCUCGGCAGGCACGGCCCUGCUGCACAUCUAUGACAAGGUGAUGACGGUCCAGGGGGGCGCCCGGCCUGGCGUCCCCAAGGCGGUGGUGGUGGUCACGGGUGGGAGUGGGGUGGAGGACGCGGCUGUCCCAGCCCAGAAACUGAGGGACAACGGCGUCUCGGUCUUGGUGGUGGGUGUGGGGCCUGUCCUCAGGGAGGCAUUGCGGAGGCUCGCGGGUCCCCGCGAUGCCCUGAUCCACGUGGCAACCUACGCAGACCUGAGCCACCACCAGGAUGCACUCAUCGAGUGGAUGUGCAGAGAGGCCAAGCAGCCAGUUAGCCUCUGCAAACCCAGCCCAUGCAUGAACGAGGGCACCUGUGUCCUGCACAACGGGAGUUACCGCUGCGAGUGCCAGGGUGGCUGGGAGGGCCCCCACUGCGAGAACCGGGCCUUGAGAGGAGAUGCCCUCAAGGCACGUGGCUCCAGCCGAGAGCCUGCAGGAGGGCAGCCGCUGUGGCCCUCCCAGCUGGGCCUACCGAGAAGGCGUGGGCCCCCUGGGCGCUGA